AUGUUGGUAGAGGGUGUGAACGUGUCACUGUCAGGCAGCAAGCCAUUGGAGAAUUCCCUGCCAGAUGCAACGUCGUGGCGCAGGCAUCUGAAGUCGGAUCUGGCAAUCAUUAUUGCCCCCGAUGAAGUCUCCUGGAUGGAGGACGAACUACCCUCUACUGAUUCCGAGUAUGCAUUGAGGGCCUUGUGCGAUAUUAAGGAGCGGUUUUCCAGGCCCAUGACUGAUGACUCAGUAACUGGGCGUUUGGUGAUUGUCGAGCAACUCGGGAGCUUCGCAUGCCUCAUCGCCCAUGCAGGCGUGCAACCUUGCAAUCUCGGGGCAGGGGCGCCUAACGUCUCCUCUCUGGAUACUUAUUUCGACCUGGCUCCUCUGCUGCUGAAAGGUCUUGAGCCCCGCGAUGCUGCGAAAGUCCGCGCCCGGUUUUGUGAUCUAUUGAAACUCAGUAUCAGGCACCAUCCUCUUGAUCCUACCGACAGCUCCCUUAAACGCGUCACAAGAUUGAUUCUUAAUUACAUGGACGACACUGAACGAUCCGUGCGGCUUGCUGCUGGACGAGCUCUGGUCGAAGUAUGCCGGGUAUAUCAGGCGGCUGGUCUCAGCAACAGCAAGGACGUAGAUGGCAUUUUCGCUGCAUUGUCCCAAAUGCUGGAUAAUGGAAAGGAGCACACGAAAGAAAGCAUAGCGAUCUCCGUCGGUGUUUUGGGAAGGGUGGUCGAACGAUCGCUUCUUGGUAGAGUGCUUAGCCUGCUCAUAUCACUUCUCGGAAGACAGAACCCUGUAUUAAAAGGUACAGCAUAUACGCAAUUGCAAGUUCUAGCCAAGUGCCAUAACACGACUCAAUACAAGCUAGUCGCUCCGUAUCAGUCCCGGAUCGCACCGAUGCUGGUUUCUCGUAUUUGCACUGACCCCAGCCUGAUUGUCGAAACAUGUCGUUUUCUCCUCACGACGCCUGGAAGUCUCAUUGCGUCCACCCUUGCUUUCACGCUGCCACCAAUAUUUGCUAAGGGUGAUUUGCGCGUUCUGGAGAAAGUUGGGGAAGCCACAGGACGAAAACCUUCCUCGUUGUUCCUCGGAGACCUGCAACACUCCAUUCUGGCUUACAUCUAUCUCCUUCGCGGCCCCGUUCAGACCAAUCGAGCGCUGGAAUUCGUAUUGAGGGUUCUUAAGGACGCCGCGGGUGGUGAAACUAUUAACCUGCGAGAUGUCGUGAAGAGUUGCAGUAUGCAGUUGAUCGCCGAGCUCGUUGUAGUUCUGGGUGAUGCGGAUCCGGACCGCGCAGAAUCGGCUGUCGAGGCGUUACAGAAGGUUGGACAGACCCUGGAGACGCUGAAGCCUUCUCGUCGGCAGGAUGAACCCCAGACUAUCGGAGACCUCUUGCGCGAUAAUAUGUUAGGGAUAAUCUCCUAUAUGAAUGAUCUGCUUCAGGACGUACAGGGAAAGAAGUCCACCACGACCAAGCAGGGCGUCCUCCGUGCCCUUGGGGCCUUCAUUUCCUAUGUCGGUCCUGCGAUUAGCAGCAUUGCACCUCAGAUCAUGGCGACGCUGCAAACAUCGAUCCUUGUUCGAGUACUUGCUGAGUCGACCAUCGAUAGCUGGCGCAUCUUUAUACACACUCUAGCACCCCAAGACCUGGGACCGCACGUCGGGCCAACAUCGGCAGCUGUCGUUGCAGUAUGGGCUACAUUAUCAGAAUCCGCUCGGACAACGGCUGCUCAGUGUCUGUCAUACAUCGUUCUUGAUGUGGGUGAACAAAUCGGAGACCAUUUGGACGACAUGGUGGACUUGCGGAUGCUACCUGAACUGGAACACGUUCAUAACAGUCUGGCCGCCUGGCGAAGUCGCCUAACUCCGUCCGAUCGUCUAGCUCAUAUAAUUCAGCGGUCUUCCAGCGAGAAUCUCACAGUGGCACUCCAGUCCCUCCACGAACUUCGCGUAUUCAUGCUUGAGCACGAACCCGACUUCUGCGGCAAACUCGCUUCCGGAGACAUGUUUGAUCCGCUCGUCGGGCAGCUCAUGACGGCUCUGAUGUCUGCCGCCUCACGCGAUGGCGAGGAUGUGGAAGAGCUCCAUCUGCUCGCUUAUGAAUGCAUAGGUGCAUUGGGUGCAUUAGAUCCAGACCGAGUGGACGUGGGGACUGGCGAGACAACGAUGAUCGUACUCAACAAUUUUGCCGAUGAGGACGAAUCUGUUCUGUUUGCCAUCCAUCUGAUCCAGGACGUGCUAGUAGGGGCGUUCCGCUCCACAAGCGAGAUCCAAUACCAAAGCCUCCUGGGCUAUGCUAUACAGGAGUUGCUUCAAUUUUGCAAGUUCAACACGACACUCGUAACUCCUGGUCACUCGUCGUCCGUCAGCCUAAAGACACGCAAAGCAUGGAGCAGCUUGCCGAAACACGUUGUCGAGACAGUGACUCCGCUUCUUGGAGCUCGCUUCACUCUGAAGAACAAGGUCCUACCAGACAUGCCACAUCCAAUAUAUCCCUCCCAAACUACCUAUCGAGAGUGGAUUCAGCUAUGGACAGCGUAUCUUAUCACUCGAUGCUCCGGCCAACGCGCAGAGACGAUAUUCGGGGUAUUCAGAGCUGUGGUGCGGAACAAGGAUGUCGGCGUUGCCCGCCAGUUACUCCCCCAUCUAGUGCUCAAUAUCAUCAUUUCUGGAGACCAUGUCGAGGCAGAUAAGAUCCGUUUGGAGAUGAUCGCUGUGCUGGAAGACCAGGUCAAGGCCGACAAUACAUCUACUCCCGAAAAGAAGCUUCUGAGCGCCCAGACCGUAUUCAUGCUGAUGGAUCACCUCAACAAAUGGGUUCGACACGUUCGCCAAGAUGUCAGCAAGACAAAAGCCGACUCACGACGGUCUCGGACUAGCAACAUGACAAGCGAGGCUGAGGAGCAGCUUCUGCGCGUUGACUCCAUACUGUCCACCAUAGACCAAGAUCUGAUGGGCCAGGCUGCCCUACAGUGUAAAGCAUACGCGCUGGCACUGAUGAACUUCGAAAAGCGCAUCGUAACCCUGCAACAGCGGUCGUCGGACUCUAACCUUCAGGAAUACUACGAACGUCUUCAUCAGAUAUACUCACACCUUGAAGAACCAGAUGGGAUGGAAGGCAUAUCCACUCUGAUUAUUUCACCUUCCUUAGAACACCAGAUCAGGCAGCACGAGAGUACUGGGCGUUGGACGUCGGCUCAGAGCUGUUGGGAAGUACGGCUACAGCAAUCUCCAGAUAACCUGGACUUCCACUUGGGAUUGAUGAGAUGUCUCAGGAACCUUGGCCACUACGACACUUUGCGAACACACGUGAAGGGCGUUCUAACCCGAAAUCCCGGCUGGCAAUCCGAAUUGGCAGACUUCCAAGCGGAGAGUUCCUGGAUGGUGGGCGACUGGACUGAUAUACAGGCGUUACUCGAUGGGACAUCCUCGACAAGGACCGCUUCUGUUUCCCUGGCUCGCGUUCUUCUGUCCAUGCAGUCCGAAGAUGAAGAGGAAGUUUCCCGCGCUCUCUCUGACGCUAGGAUGUCACUUGGUCAUUCGAUUACCGCAGCGGGAGCCAACAGUUACCGGCGCUCAUACGAUGCGGUCAUAAACUUACAUCUCCUACAUGAGCUAGACAUAUUCAGCCAGGUCGUGAGGCGUUUGUCACCAUCCCACCAGGGCGACGUCCAGACUCCGGACGUGUUUACGGAACUUUCGCGGACAUUCGACGCCCGCUUAGAGUCAACUCUGCCCAAUUUUCGAACGCGGGAACCUAUUCUCAGCCUUCGCCGGACUGCCAUGCGCUUUCUAACCUCCACCUCGACAUCUCAUAGGGAAGUUUCGCGGUCGUGGCUGACUACGGCGAAGAAUGCACGUAAAGCCGGACAUUGGCAAACUGCCUAUAGUGCGAUUCUACAGGCCCAACAACAGAAGGGGACAUUCCCAUUCAUCGAGAGCGCGAGGCUUCUCAGGGCCACGGGGGAACCCCUUCGCGCUCUUCAAGAGCUAGAGCAUUCAAUGCGCGCUAACGGCUUCCUCGGAGACGAUGUCAUUGACGUGGAAGAGGAAGAGGAUGAUCGACUGAUCCGUGCAAAGGCGAUGGUUCUGCGAGCGCGCUGGUUGAACGAGUCAGACCGUUUCGAUUUUUCCCUUGUACUCGAUGCUUUCCAAAAAGCAGUGAAGGUUUCGCAAGAAUGGGAGAGCGGUUAUUUUCACCUUGGACGCUUCUAUGACGAAUGUUACAAAAGACUAUCCGAAUCCGAUAAAGUUAGAAGAGGGAUCAGAAUGGCUGUUCAGACGGUCAAAAAUUUCAUCAAGGCCAUACGUUUCGGGUCCAAAUUUGUAUACCAAGCGGUGCCUCGCUUGCUCACGCUGUGGCUUGACACCGGCGAAGAUCCAAAUACCAAAGAUACCGAGUGGUUUGACAAAAUCAUCCGAGAUGUGUCCAGCUCCCUGAAACAUAUACCAGUAUAUAAGUGGUAUACGGCCUUCCCGCAGAUCGUAUCCCGUGUAGGCCAUAGUAACGACAGCGUCUACGUCUUACUUUCAAAACUCAUCGCUUUGGUCAUUCAAGAAUAUCCGCGUCAGGCUCUUUGGUUGUUUGCUGCAGUUGUGAAGUCGACCAAGGAAAUUCGCCGACAGCGAGGCCAAGAUAUCUUGAACCGACUACGAAACAACCCGAAGAAUCAUCAAAGUGUUGUUCCGUUGCUCAUAAACGAGAGUGUCUCGAUGACACAUGAGCUGCUCCGGCUUUGCGACUUCAAAUUGAAGGAUGACAAGAAGAUUCUCAGCAUGCGUCGGGAUUUUCCUCGGCUGUACAAUCUCGCGCCAUCACGCCUUAUCAUACCCCUCCAAGAAUCUCUGACUGCCAGCCUUCCUCCAACAUCAUUAUCAUCAGCAGAUCACCAGCCGUUUCCUGUCAAUACUCCAGCUUUCCAAGAGUUUCAUGAUGAGAUUGAGGUCAUGCGCUCCUUGGCGAAGCCGAGGAAAAUAUCCAUUCUCGGGGACAACGGGACUACCUACAUGUUCUUAGGGAAGCCAAAAGAUGAUCUACGCAAGGAUGCCAGACUCAUGGACUUCAAUUCCAUCAUCAACAAGCUACUCAAGUCGAAUUCUGAAUCCCGUCGAAGACAACUUCAUAUACGGACUUAUGGUGUAGUGACUUUGAACGAAGAAUGUGGCUUCAUCCAAUGGGUUCCGAAUACAAUACCCCUGCGUGCCGUUCUCGUAAAAUAUUACGAUGCCCGUGGCGUUCGAUCUUGGAACAAUGAAAUGGGCCAAUCUUUUGCCCGGAUCAAGGACGCGAAGGACAAGGAAGCAGCCCAAAUCUUUGCUCAGGAAGUGAUCCCUCAGUUCCCGCCUGUCUUCCAUGAGUGGUUCCUCGAGACCUUUCCGGAGCCUUCUGCCUGGCUUGCAAGUCGACUGACUUACGGACGCACGGCGGCGGUCAUGUCAAUGGUGGGAUUUAUACUCGGUCUUGGAGAUCGACACUGCGAAAACAUUCUGCUUGAUUCAAAUACCGGAGACAUAGUUCAUGUUGAUUUCAACUGUCUUUUCGAGAAGGGUAAAACACUGGAUACGCCGGAGCGCGUUCCUUUCAGACUGACUCAUAAUCUGGUGGAUGGAUUGGGUGUCACUGGCGUUGAAGGCGUCUUCCGUAUUGCGGCUGAAGCCACCAUGCAACUUUUGCGCGAUAAUAAAGACACCCUAAUGAGCGUACUCGACGCCUUCAUUCAUGACCCUCUGGUCGAAUGGGAGGAUGAAAGUCGGAAACGGGCAAGUAACCAUGUGCGCUCAUCGACAGAUCUCCGCCAACUCGCGAAGAGUUCGCUGUAUCCGAUCGAGAAAAAGCUGAAGGGGAUCUACGCCACGAACAAAGAACGCGAGCGAAGUGAGAGGGAAGUAUCCACGAGCAAUCUUGUGCAAAUGCUCAUCCAGGAAUCGACCGACUUGGCAAACCUUGCAAAAAUGUAUCCCGGAUGGGCCCCAUGGCACUAG